AUGGCUCCGCGAAGGAAGGAUACGCAAGCAGCCAGCCAGGAAUCGAGCACCAAGGGACCGCAAGCCAAAGUGCGAUACUCAGUAGCGAAAGGGAUGCGAGAGAACUUGUUACAGCGGAGAAUAUUUGGGGAGGGGUUAUUUUUAUCCACGGCAGCAGCAACAGCAGCAGCAGCACCAACAGCGGCGCAGUGGUGCAGUCCAGCAGCGAGUGCAUCAGCGAAGGUCUUGGGUGUCCGGGAUAGAAUGAUAACCUUGAAAUGUCUCCGCCGCGUCAGCACAGCUCCAGCAACUCGCGCUGGAUUUGCUGGCGAGAGCCUUUGA